AUGUCAGAAACAGAAAAUAAAACCACAACUGAAACACCAACAACAACAGAUAGUACUGUUACUACUAAAGAAGUUAAAGUACCAAAAGCAACAUCAAAAGGAAAUGAUGAUUAUUUCUUUGUAAAAAAUGUUAAAAAUCAAUUAUCAAACACACGUACUCGUGCAACUGUUGAUCGUUUAGCACCAACACCACCAUUAUCACAAGCUGCCAAAAGAAAAUUAAUAGACACCAAAGAGAGAAAGGAAAAGAAGGAAAAGAAAGAAAAAGAACCAAAAGAACCAAAAGAACCAAAAGAAAAAGCUAAAAAGAAAGCAAAGACUGAAAAAAAGAAAGAUGAUGGUGAUGAGGAAGAAGACGAAGAAAAAGAAGAAGACGAAGAACAAAAAGAAGAACAAUCUCAAGAAGAAGAUUCAGAGGAAUCAGAAGAAGAACAAAACUCUGAUGAAGAUAAAAAGAAAAAGAAGAAACAAGCCAAAAAAGUAGCAAAGAAAGAAACUGAACCAAAAAAGAAAGAAGCCAAACCAAAGAAAGAAGCCAAACCAAAGAAAGAAACCACCAAAAAAGAAAAAGAAGCCACAACUACUAGUAGUGAUUCUACUGAAAAGAAAGAAAAAGAAGAAAAACCAAAGAAAGAAAAGAAAAUAUCCAAAAAAGAUCAAGCUGCUGCCGAAAAAAAAAAAGAUGGUGAUGAUUCAACUACUACCACUGCCACCGCCACCACCACUACUGAUGAUUCCACUGAAAAUAAAGAAGAAAAGAAAGACAAAAAAACAACUAAAAAACCAGCCGCCGCUGAAAAAAAGAAAGUUAAAAAAGAUGGUGAUGAUGAUGAAACUGCUGCUGCUGCCACUGAGGAGAAAAAGGAUGAAGAGAAAUCUGAAGAAAAAGAGAAAAAAGAAACUAAAAAACCAGCUGCACCAAAGAAACCAGCUGCCGCUGAAAAAAAGAAAACCGCUGCAAAUCCAACCGAUAAAAAAGAUGGUGAAAAUAAAGAUGUAACUCCAUCUGAUGAUAAACCAGCUGCUACCACCACCACCACCACCGCCGCCGCUGCAACCACCACUGAAGAACCAAAAGAAAAGAUAACAAAACCAGCCGCUGAUAAAAAGAAAGCACCAGCAAACAAAAAAGCUGAAAAAGACCAAUCAUCAUCUGAUGAAUCUGCCAACAAAGAGACAACCACCGCCACCACUACCACCACUAACAAAGAUGCCACCGCUCCAACUACCACCACCAACAAAGAUGCCACCGCUCCAACUACCACAACCACUAAAGAUAAUGUAGAUGAAGCCUCAGUAAAAAAGACAGCCAACUCAGCCCCAAAAAAGGAAGCAGCCAAAAAUAAAUCAAAAUAA